UGAGACAAGAAAACGAAUGAGAAUCCCUGCCGCACCGGCAGGAAUUUUUCGUCGUGCACCGCCUACAGUUGGCGGCGCUGUAGUCUCGCGGGGCAAGGCUCGACGGGCGACGGCUGCUCAGUCUAGGAUCUCGGUUGCAUCGUGUCGGUUCACGGAGCUCGUGUAUAAUCACAAUCAUAUAGGAGAGAGCCAGCGCGCACCCGCCGCUCUCUCCACCGCCCAUCGGCAUCGACGGUGUUAGCUCCGCUUCUCGGUCGUCGUCAUUGUGUCCAAGUCGGAGCCGACGACUGGUUCGCGAGUGUCGACGGGAAAAGGUAUGUUGAUCGUGCGUCACAUCGACCGCGUUUAGAGUCGUUGCGCGAAAAGAAACGAGACGAGAGAACGAACGGCCGGAAGUAGGAAACCCGUCGACGGCGGACGUGCGCUUUUAUUCCUCCCUCCUACUAUCGUUCUCUCCCUGUCUCUCCCUCUCGUGCUCGCUUGCGCUCUCUCUGUCUCCCCCCUCACUCCCCCCGCGCGUGCUCUCGCGCGUUCUCUCUUCUGUCUCGCGUCGUUCUCUCGUCGACGGCCGUCGGGGCCGCGCCGUGCACAAGCCUAGAAAUCGUCGCGAGCCGCGCCUCCUGGAGUCCGCCGCCGCCAAAAACGGCCGUAGUUAGUGAAUAGUGAUGUGUAUUGCAGUGCUGUGCCCGGUCGUCGUCGUGGCUAUCUGUCGUGCCGAGAACAGCCUACUAAGCGCCUGUGUCUGUGACUGUGACCGUGACUGCCGUGCCGUUACCACCGUGCUGCUUCGUCGGAGCUGCCGUUGCCGCUGCCGUUGCGAUGCAUCUCGCCGAUGUUGCCUCCGCUUGCAGGAUGCUAACUAAAUGAUGACGCUAAGGAAUUCUACGGGUAAGGAUGAGGGGAAGAACACCCUCUGCCGACGACACCCCGAAGAGGGCCCCACCGGCACCGGCAAGCAGAGAGGCGGCUUCGGCGGACGUAGAUGGUAGCGAGAUACCGAGUGACGAUACAAUCGAGGGUUACCACACGACGAAGUUAUCCGAUAUUUCUUCGGCAUCCGGCUCGACGUCAUCGUCGGACAGAAUGGUGGCGUCGACGCAGAGUUUGGAGGAUCUGGGCGUCAACCAUCCUGCCAAUCCUGCGGCGGGUAGCAACGGCGAUCGUUCGCAGCAACAACAACAGCAGCAGCAGCAGCAGCAGCAGCAGCAGCAGCAGGAACGGUACGGUCACGCCUACAGAUCGUCGGCGCAGACCGCUCAGGACAAGCGGUCACGACUGAGCAACGUGAUCAACAAUCUGCGCAAGAAGGUGCCGGACGGAGCCGGCAGAGAAGACGCAGACUCGCCGAGGAAAGAGGAAGACGACCGGAAUAGCGUCGAGAGGAAUCUCGAGACGCUAGAGAAGUACGUGAUGACGGUGCUAAACGGCGUGAUCAAGGAUGACGAAGAGGAGGACAAGAGUAAGAGCGUGGAGAAGAUGAAAGAACCGGAAAGGCUGAGGAAGGACGUCGACGAGGAGGAGGAUCCGACGAGCACGCCAGUGAAAUCUGAGCCGUCGAGCGAAGGCGACAUCGAGGCCGCAGUUGUGCCGCAAUUGGAGGAUGAUUCCUCGACGGUCAAAAAUGCGGUCGAAAGCGUUGACUCCUCGGAAACUACUGUAGACUGUUCGCAUGUAGAAGGAACGACGGAAGAGAGCGUGGAGGAUUCGGGGGUGAAAAUCAGUCAGGAUUCGAAAGAGUCUUCCCCCAGAAUAAAGGGAGAAUGUUCGGAUAUCGAAGAGAAAGAAUUCUCCGAAGGCGAUCGAGACGUUCUGCGGGAGAAGAAGGAUAAUCGAACGCUGGGCACGAUCAUAAUGGACAGGUUGAGUGAGCACCAGGUCGAGGAGAGAGCAAACGUCGACGACGGCAGAGGGGAAAAUCGACGUGACGAGCAGCAGGUCUCGGAAAAUACGGAAGCGCGAGCGAUCUGUGUCGAAUUGCUGGACGAUCUGUUGAACGACAUAUAUCGAACGAUCGACGAGAACCAGAGGAAGGCUGGGGAGUGCGAGAAGGCGAAGGAGGUCGUCGACACGACCGAGUCGAGAGUGGAGGAGAAGACCAAAGACUCGAACGUCAGCGUUCGGGAGCUAUCCAUGACGAGUCUGCACUGCAGUUUGCCCUUGGACAAGGUUGCGUCCGUGCUGCAGAACUGUCAGCCGGCCGAGGCGGCGACCUCGCGGCUGCCUUCGGGAGCUCCGCCGACCCCACCGUCGACGCAGAAGUCAAAGUCGUCGACUCCGCCGAUCAGACUUCUCUGCCUUUACUGCGACAGGAAGUUUCCGUCCGUGUCUCGGCGACAGCGGCACACGGAGAGAGUGCACCAACUCGGCGGCGGCAGGAAGUCGGAGAGGAACCCUAGAAAAUCCUCCCAGAACUGCCAGUACUGCUCGGAUAAUUGCGCCGACACUCUGGACGCACUGUUUCAACAUAUGAUUGCCAGUCACGGAGACAAGUAUCAUGCGUGCGUGCAGUGUUCGACAAGAUAUCCCACUCGGGAAGCUCUGGUGGGACAUAUGGGCGAGGCGCACGGUGGGAAUGCCGAAAAAACCGGUCAGAUUCAGUUGGAAAAAGUAAAAGAAGGAUCGCCCUGUAAAGAAUUCUGCAGUCAAAAUCUUCGAGAGAAGAAAGUAAACACAUCGUCAGUUAGAAGAUCGGAAGAGAAAGAAGCAGAGACUCAGAGUGACAGUCGACAAUCGGACAGCGGCCGGACGAAACUCAUCGCGACACGAGAUUCCAUUGACAACCCAGCCAGUCCCGAGUUUGACAGUUCCUUCUACAGCAACGUGAGCUGCAACAUUCGCGAGAAUCUGCUGCACCACUUGGACGGCAAGCUGCAGACGAUAAGCAGCGCGUCGUCGCCGUGCACGCCGCCGGUCGCCGCCUCGAGCACAAUGACAACGAUGGAAUUGAAAUCGCAACAGCAGCAGCAGCAACCGCAACAGUCGUAUUACGAGCACAACGUAAACCAAAUCCAAUUUCCCAUCGACAUCUCGCUGACCGCGGCGACGCCGGUGUACAGCAAGGAUUAUUCGGCCGGCGAGGAGUACGAGAACUCGAGUGAGUUUGCUCGGAAGGCCGGCAAGACCAGUAGCGGCUCGCGGCCGCGCCGAGUCUCCUUCGAGAAGUACAAUUUCCCGCGCAAGUACGACGGCAAGGAGCAGUGGACGUGCUCGAUUAAGGAUCUCAGCAAGUUCGACAUCUCCACGCAACUGACGCUCCGAAAGAAGCAACAGCUGAUCAAAGAGCGGCUCACCAUCAACAGACUGCGCCAGAUCCCGCUGUUGCCUACCGAGACCACCGAGGUGUCCCUUCAGGAAGAGGCCGAACCUGCCCUGAAAAUGACGGCGGACGAUCAGGACGAUGCUGAUAAAGCCUGCGGAGUCGAUGCGACUGCCGCGGCUUCUGACAUUGUUCGCUGCGACCUUGGCAAACUGCCUUCGAUCGAAGUGAAAGAUACCACGGAAUCAUCUGCCUCUUGUCCAAUAAAAUCGUCAGUUAUCACGGAAUUCAAUAUGGAAUUCGCAGACUUUAUGAGACUGAGGAGGCGAGAACAGGGUGGCAGCGACGUCGCCAACAUCCAGGACAUCGUUUACGCGGAGUUGAGUGGCGAAUGGUCGCGAACACGGAUCUACAUUUGCGGCGCUUGCGGUUCCAGACACGUAACGUUGAGGGAUAUGGAGGAUCACAAGGCUUCCAUGCACCCGCGCGUUCUGUGCUCACACUUCGAGCUGACCGGCGAUCAGCGUGAGCACUACGAGCACCUGUAUUUACCGGGACGAGACGCACCCACCGACGAGGCGCGCGACGCCGAUCUCACGGAGACAGUGUGCACCAAGUGCGCCAAGAGUUGCCUGAACAUGGCUGAGCUGCAUCGGCACAUGCUGGAGUGCGGCGGCGAUUACGCCUGGCUGCUCGGUCUCACCAAUAGCGGUAAGAGAAGGUGCAAAUGGCGACCGUUCGGCAGCCGCAGCCGGCGACGGCGUCAGCGCGGCAUGAAGAGGAACAUACAGAACUCGCAGACGCAACCGCGGAUCAUCCACGCGGAGAGGCCGAAGGAAAAACAGACGCCGACCGGACCUAGAGUCCGACCGAGCGACCGUGAAAGUAUCCAGAAAAUGCUAGCCAACCUGCCGGCUAAGAGAACCACGAGAAAAGUUCUGCAGGACAACGCGGCGCGAUCUCAGGGCAAACUUCGUAACGUGCAGAGCAGAACGAGGCCUCGCGACAACUCGUCCGUAUCAAGAAUCUCGCGUAACAAAGCCGCUCUGAGAAACAAGCUGCUGAAGAACGCCAAAUCGAUCCAACGGAAUCGCUGUCGGAACGAUAAUAUAACCGCGGUGAUCGAGAGCAUCGUGAAGAAGUGUCACGAGACGUAUCACGGUGAUGGCGACAAGACUGUCGAAAGCGGAGCCGAAGGCAAGAAAGACGCCAAAGAGAUCGGCGAAAGUUUAUCGAAGACAACCGGCAAAACUUGGGAUGAUAAAAGCGUUCGACCGAAAACCGUCGGACGGCCCAGAGUUCUCGGCAAGAAGAGGAAUGUGAGGACGAAGACGGGCCUGGUCGGCAAAUCGCAACUUCAAGGCAAAGGCAGCAACAAGCUAGCGAUCUUAAAGGCAAAAUCCGUGAAGUUUAAGAACAAUGUCACGACGAGUGACGCGAACGACGAGGAGAUAUCCUCUUCAAAAAAUAUACCAAAGAACACGAAGGUAAUUGGCGUUAGUUCCGGCAGCAAAAAAUUGAUUUCUGAAGUAAAAAACAAAAAUAAAGCGAUGUUGAAAAGGAAACGUUCCGUGGACCCGGUGGCAUCCUUAAACGCUUCCCUCAAGGCAAAGUCGCAGCUGCGCACACAGGAUGGCAAAUUUGCUCGAAAUCCAAACAAGGAUUCGUCGGCGAAAUUGUCGGAAACAAAAACGGAUGGCAGGAAACUGAAAGCGAAGUCGAUCCAAGUCAAAUUGAAGGCGAAAAUGGCGCAAAAGUCGAAGAAGACCGACGUUCAUCUGCCGCGAAAAGUCACUCGGCUGUCGUCGGAUAGUGACAAGAUGCCGACUUUGGAACCAGUUGCACAGAUUGUUUCUCCCAACGAAGAGUAUGUUGACAAGUCGACGAACGACCUGCCCAUCUUGUCGCCGGUUACUCCUCAGGAUCAAAAGGCAUCUCGAAUUUCGAAAUAUAGUUCGAAGGAGAAAGAGAGUGAAGCUGUCACCAAUAUCGAAGCUGCGCCGGAAACUCGAAGUGACUCGAAAACAAGAGCGGAGAAAGAUUCUGUGAAACUGCCGCGUGAGGUGAAGAGGCUACUAAGAGAUGUUGGUCCAUCUUUCAUGCCGAAGCUCGCAUCGGAUGACGCUGACUCGAAACGCACUCUGAAGCAAUGGACAUCAAGAUCGAAAGCGCUUCAAAUGAGCGAUAGGAAUCCGCAGGAUCUUGAUGACGAAUUAAACAAUUUGAAGAGCGCGAGUAAGAAAGAGAAGAUCGAGACAGUUCGAAAAUCGGCUAGGAAGAAUGCCGAGAUAAAGAAGACCGACGAUAAAGAAAUUCGAAGUGACUCGAACACAAGAACGGAAAAAGAGUCUGUGAAACUGCCGCGCGAGGUGAAGAGGCUACUAAGAGAUGUUGAUCCAUCUUUCAUGUCGAAGCUCGCAUCUGAUGACGCUGACUCGAAACGCAGUCUGAGGCAAUCGGCGCCAAGAUCGAAAGCGCUUCAAGUAAGCGAUAAGAAUCCGCAGGAACUCGAUGAUGAGAUAAACAACUUGAAGAGCGCGAGUAAGAAAGAGAAGUUCGAGACAAUUAGAAAAUCGGCCAGGAAGAACGUUGAGAAGAAGACCGGCGAUAAAGAAACUCGAAGUGACUCGAACGCAAGAACGGAGAAAGAUUCUGUGAAAUUGCCGCGCGAAGUGAAGAAGCUACUAAGAGAUGUUGAUCCAUCUUUCAUGUCGAAGCUUGCAUCUGAUGACGUUGACUCGAAACGCAGUCUGAGGCAAUGGGCGCCAAGAUCGAAAGCGCUUCAAAGCGAUAAGAAUCCACAGGAACCUGAUGACGAGUUAAACAACACGAAGAGCGCGGCUAAGAAAGAGAAAACCGAUGACAAGGAAACUCGAAGUCACUCAAAAACAAGAACGGAGAAAGAUGCUGCGAAACUGCCGUUCGAGGUCAAGUGGCUAAUAAGAGAGGCCGAGGCCUACCCGCCGAGGUUUGUGUCCAACGACAAAGUAACAAAAACGAGUGAGAAAGAUUCGACUGAUAGCGCGACAGUUAAUGUGGCGCAGAACGAAAAGAGUCAACAAAACAAAAGAGCAGGCGCAAAAGCGAAAGAGAUCACGAUCGAAAACUCUGACGUCGAAGAUAAGAUUGAUAGCAAACACAUGAAAGGAUCAUUGAUCGACGCCAAAAGCGAGUCUUCCUCGGAAACCGGAAGCGACAGCCUUCGAAAGAGCAGCAGUCUGCCGGGAAAGCGUCGCAGUCGCAACAAAUCAGUCGACGAAAGCAAAGAAGCUAAUAAAUACGCGAACGCAGAACAGAACGAUAGUGAGAACAUCGUGACGAGCGAGAAGGAGACCGAGAAAGAGCUCGAGGAAAUUGUCGAAAACAAUGAUAAAAACGAAAGCGACGGCAAAUCCGACGAUCGUUCGGAAGCGACGGUGGUGAACCUGAAUCUGAACCACUUGCAGUCGGAGACGAGCAAUCUGUCGGUUGACAGCGGCAAAGAGAACUCCGUUGAAACUUCCGUGAAUGUUCACAGCAAGCUGAAGGUAGGGAGACCGAAGAAGACGUGGGGUGCGCGUCGAGAAAGGUCGUCGAGGAAGAGGUCCCUAAACAAUGUCAUCGGCAUUCUAACGGAGGGCAUAAACAUCCCCGUGGAAGCGCAGCAGAGCGUGCAGGUUCUUACAGUUCACACCAGCCUGGACAAUCCGGACAGAGUGGCGCGCAAUGGAAGUGCGCAACAACCAAGCGGCGGUGACGCAAUUGCGGCGGACUCGACGUUCAGCGAACUAUCGGUCGUCGCCAAGAGUGAGCAGGAACCCGCGAAGAACGAGGCUGUCACGGCGACGAGCGCGACCGACGAUCGUCAUGCCGACGACGAAAAGAAUUCUCGCCCGUGUCCUGAUAAGGCGCAGGACGAAAACGGCUUCACCGAUCAGAAGAUCGACGUGUCGUCGAAAGUCGCAACCGCUAAGACACGUUCGCCGGCCAACGACAUCAUUCUUGAUCUUUCCAGAAGGAAACCUAAAGGUAAAGGCUCUUUCUUGGAGAAAAUUGUAUCGAAGAUAGCUAAACAAAAGGAUGCCCUGCUGGAAAGUGAAGUGGGCUCUUUGCUGGACACCGCGGCCGAUGAGUUGACCAGCAUUCUCAACGAGGUCGGACCUACCUUGAUCGAUAACGCAGAGGGUGCGAAUCUAGGUGAGGCGAGCCACGCCUCGAAAAACGACAACGAUAAAAAUGUCACAAGUACGUCUGCUGACAAGGAAUCGCCGGCGAUUGCCGAUUCUGAAAUUCGGCCAUCGGAAGACGACAAAGUCGACGUGGAAAACAUAAUUUCUGAGCGUUCAACAGAUUUGCUGGAAAUUCAAGGUAAUUCCGAAGAAACUUUGACGACAAAAACCGAAAUGCAGAUUCAGAACGAAAAUCAAACUAAGAUAAAUUGUGUUUUAGAUCCUGAAAUGAAAAAUGUUGAUGUCGUAGAGGGACAAGCGAGUGAUGCAGUAUGUUUCAUUGAGGAAUCGCGAGUCGAAUCUUGCGAGAAUAAAUCGACGACAAACGAAGCAAUUGUUCCAGUCGAAAUUUUAAAUAAGAUAGAUAGUUUACCAGAAGUUUCCAGUUCGCCUGUCACGAUGCGAAAAACAAGUUCACGAGAGAAACUCGAAAGCAAGAAAACUAUCACGAAAUCCAAAAGAAAAUCCGGGAAAAGAUCGCUGGAGGAUGCUAUCUGGUCCAGAAAAAGCAAAAGAAGGUCAGCGGAAGUCGUCGAGGAGUGUGCUGAAAAAAAUGCGACGCAAAAAGGACUCGACAUUACCGCGUUUAUUUCCAAGUCAGAAACAUCCAACGUUGGCGACAAAUUUGUGGAAAGGAAUGACGAAACCGUGGAGACUCCGAACACAGAUACUGAAGUCGAGAUGGUUGAAUAUAGCGAAAGCAAAAUUAGCAAGGAUAAUUUGGAAUCGUUGGACUUUGAAAAAAAUCCCGCGAAAGAUGAUGAUGAAUCAAAGAAAUCUGCCGAUCUUCCAAAAACAGCAUGUGAAGAUGCGAUGGAAUUAACGGCGAACCUUGAAGAGUCUGCUGACAAAGUAAUAUCUAAGGAAAACGCCGUCGUUACGAAUGUUCAAACGAGCGAAUUGCUCGUGGACGCUGACUCUUCGGCAUCAAAGAAGAGCGUUAAAAGCGGAAAAGCGGAGAAGAAAGAUCAAACUGACACGAGCGAGCCACCAUCUAGACGUACGUCGAAGAAAAAGUCGCAAUCUUCUGUUAAUCUUCCAGUAGACACUGCCACAGACGUUCUCCAAGCUUCCAUAAAGUCGGUAGAUGAGGCAGAAGAGAUAUCAUCUUCAUCAUCCGCUGAGAACAAAGAAUCAUCGGAAUUAAGCGGCGGACAGUUGCAAGCCAGAACCACUAGCGAAAACGACACGGACAUUUCUUUGGAAAAAUCUUCAAAACAAACAACUUUCGCGAAACAUGAAGAAACGCAAAAUACAGACGAUUCGAACAACCUCGUUAAUUUGACAUCUCCGAAAACGACGAAAAAACGUGGCGCAAAAAAGAAAUCGUUAGCUGACGAACAUCUGGAACUACCGGAAGACGACUUCGCUGAAAUUGCUUCGAAGCUUAACAAAGAAUCCAAAAUCGCAGAUUCAAACGAGCGAUUAUCCGCUGGCUUAGAACAGUUCAAAGUACCGGAAGUGGCGAAGAAACGCGGACCAAAGAAGAAGUCGCUGCCCGAAGACGGUCGUUGGAACGGCGGAAGCGUUCCGGAGGAGCCCCGAGCGAACGAAGAAUCCGCAGAAAUUAACGAAACAUGCAAUUUGAUCGAAAAAACUGAAGAGCAAGAAGAAACAAAGAAAUGUAUCGCGAAAGAAGAAUCGAGCACAAAAAGACUCGAGAGAUCGAACUCUUCGGGUUCGAUCGGACUCAUUCCGUCACCAGUUAAAACGAGAUCCACGUUUAAGAAAAAAGCACAACUGUCGAGCGAAGAUCUCGUCGAUUCCAGCAUUCAAAAUCAGAGCGCCGAGAGCGCAGAUGAUCUGUCCGAAAGCUCGUGCACCAGCGAAUCCAGCUACUUCAGAAAGAAACGAUUUGCGAAGAAGAAGAAGAAGGAAGAGGAGGAAAUCGUUAAAACCGAUUCUUCUAUCGCGGAUCUAGAAUCGAAGAAAAAAGCGGGCAAAACCAAGUCUUUGCUCGACGAACAUCUCGAUCUCUCCGACACGGAUGAUAUUGAAGUUCCAUCGGAUAUCAAAGCUUUGGAGAAUACGAAAGCCUUGGAAAAUAUUGAGCGAGAUUUUGAACUGGUCGAAAAAUCUUCAGAUUUGCAAAACGAAGGAGUGAACGAAUCGACGAUGGACGAUUCGGCAAACAAGAAUUCGGAACAAGAUUCCACGCUGGAGCAGCCGGCAUCGAACAACUACGAUUCUCCGGACGAUCCUGUCACACCGAAGAAACGCGCAGCCGGCAACUUUGUGGUGGUGCACACAAAAACCGGCGAGAUCCUGAUUGUGGAGAAGAAAAAGAAGCUGACGAAGGAGGCGGCGAGAUUCUUCUGCGACGUGUGCGCUACUAGCUUCACCCGCAAGAGCUCCCUAAAGAAGCACACGCUGUCGCAGUCACAUCUGUCGCAAGUGGCGAAAUCUAGCAAGGAUAAAGUCGAACUUACGGACCGCAGUGCGUCUGAGAAUACCGCGGAGAUCGACAACGAAUGGAAGAACGAUGAAACGAACGAUCAACAGGAGGCGAGCAGUGCUGCGGAAGACGACGUUGCAGAAUCUCAUGAAAUCUCUCGGAAGUCUUCGGAGACAAACGAGAGUUGCGUUUUGUACAUGAAUAAUGCGGAGUCGACGAACUCUCUGAUGGAUCUCGGAGCGAUGAGACAGGAAACGCUGGAGGACAAAUUGCUGGACGAAGAGAUCUGCAAGAUCACGGAAAAUAUGAGCCACGACGAGUACGUUCUGACCGAUCACGUGACACCGGAGCUAUCGGAAUCGUCAUCGACUCCGAUCAAGUCGGUUCAGAAAAAACAAGAAGAGAUCGUGCAAGGCAAAAACGGCGAUAAAAAACAAUCAAAGAACAAGUCGAAGAAGAAGAAUUUGGCGGAAGAACAUUUGCUCUUGGAUUCUCCCGACUUUGAAAAAUCCAAGACCGACUCGGACGAGCCCGUAAAUUCAGCCAGCGACAUCACGAUUUCCUCGUCAUUUUGUGAAACUAAUUUGAGUAAAGAAAUGAAAAUAGAUGCAGCGAAAGAAGCUGAAGAUGUACCUGACGAAGCUCGCGUGGAUUCAACUGAGACAAAGAGCCAGGCAGAAUCAACCGUUAAAUCACUGCACGAAGAAACGAGCGAUAUCGAUAUGAAAGCUGAAUCCGCAAGGACCACGAGAAGAACGCUGAGGAAGCUCUGCAAGACGGAUAACGAUGGAAAAGAGGAGAAUCAAGCUGCAACAGAGACGAGUCGUUUUAGUUUGAGACCCCGAAGAAAUAAAUACAUUCAGCAUUACGAAGAGUUUGACGUCGAAACCGACGUAUAUUUUAUGGGCACUUUGAUGGAUAUUAACGACGAGAUAGAAAAUAGCUACGAUGCGCAAAGAUCACAAAACGAAGCGGAAGAAGAAAUGAGUAAGAAUGUAUCGGAGGAAAAGACUGCUGCUGAAAGUAAGAGUUCGCAGGACGCGGAAGCUGCAAAAUCGAAAACAACGGAUUCGAGCGACGCGAAGAAGAAGAAACGCGGAAGACCAAGACUUAAGGAUCGAAAUGUUCCGAGCGUUACUUCGAGCGUUACUUCAACCUCGGAAUCUGAAAGUCACGGAAAUGAUGUUGCUGGCAGUCUUGAAGAAUCAAAACUCGAGGAUCAAAAAGUAAGUUUGCACGCCGACGCGAGUAUCCAGCCUCCUAAACGAAGCAGAGGAAGACCUCGGAAGAAUCCUGUACAGGUGGCGAGCAGUUCUGCAAUACAAGCAGAUAAUUCCAGUGCUUCCGAACCGACAAAGACAAGCCGUGACGAAAUGCGGGAAAAGCCAGAACACAUUGAAUCGUGUUCCGAAGCGACCACCGAGGAGAUUGCUUCGAUCAGCAUGAUAAAUUCUUUAACACCGAACGCUGAAUCUUUAUCUGCUGUUCAAGAUCGCAUCACGGAGUCAAGCUUGUCGGAAACGAAUAAAGUUUCUGAAAAAGAACGAUGCGCUGAGGCGAACGUUUCCGAAGAUCAACCGACGCAGGAAGAAGAGUCUACAAAUAUUAAGACACCUGAAACCAUCGUUGCGAAGGAUUGCAAUAUGCCAGACAUAAACGUUUUAGAAAAGGAUAAAGUCGACGAUACAUCGAUAUUGUCGGAGAGGAAUACACACGAUAAUGAAGCAGAUCGCAUCUUGGAGAACAAAAUUAAUCACGACAAUACGAGCACAAGUGUUUUAACUAGUUCAACGACUGAAUCUUUAAUCGAAUUUCCUUCGCAGACUGUCGAAAAAGUACCACUCGCAAUCGAUGAUUUGAAUUCGACCGAAUCCAAGAAAAUCGAACUUGAAAAUUCUGAGAGUGAGAAGUUACCGGACGUCUCAGAAACAUUGGAAGAGAAGCCGACAAAGUCAGAAGAACUCCCGGAGGGAGAAGCGCUCGAGGCGUCUCAAGAGGAACCGAAACUUUCAUCAGAAUCGGAAGGCAAUGAAAAUGACACAUUGAUUCCUGAGGAUAAAAUCAUCCCCAUCGAGAAUUCUCACGAGCCGCUACCGCAAAGGACGACAGAUACAGACGAUAAUAUCAUUCGCGAUGAGAAGAUAACUCAAUUGGAAUCCUCUAACAAGAAAUCCAAAAGUUCGGUGAGUAAAGAGCGAGGAACUGAUCGAAGAAGAUCAAAGGGUUCGAAAGGUAGAAGAAAAAGAAUCACGACGUCGAAAAUCGCCGAACUAUCGAGCGAGAGCGAGAACGAGGACGAUAGAAUCGAGUCCGCCUCUUCGAACAAGAGCAAGAUCGUGAAGAGCGUGUUCGGCCGAGUGUUUGGCGGCGAGAAAGCGGACAAAGUGAAAGAAGUGCUGAACGACUGGGUGUCACGAUCGGAAGACGAUUCAGAUGUAUCCAGUCUGCGUGGACUGGCGAAAAUCGCCGAGAGCGAACACAAGAAAGAUAAGAAGCGCCAUUCGGAGAAGGACGUCGAGCGAUCUCCCAGGAAGAAGGGAAAGGACAAGAGCGGCGGUGCCGAGGUGAAGUCGAAGAGCCGGAAGAAGCGCGAAAGAGAUCAAGAUCUAACGUCCGAGAAUCAUGUCGAGUCGCUCAUUAGUAAUCCGACAAAGCGAAGAUACAGAGAAAGCAAGAUCAGAGCAGACGAGAGGAUUCUGAGGACCUUCGACGACGAAUCGCCGAUCGUUUCGGACGAAAUCGAAGAUGUUAAACAGAACAAUCAAUUCGAUGACGAUUUGAACGACAAAAUCGAGGAAUCGGAAAAAUACCAUGAAGAAGAAUGGAACGAAGGGCAAACAAUUAAUAAAAAGGAUAGAAAUUUGACCUUGGAAAACUGGGAGAAUCUUCGAGUCGGCGAAGACGCGCAUGGUAAGUCGAAAAAUAAUUCCAGUCGUAAAAAGCAGGACACUAACACGAGGAACGAGCAUUCUUCGUCGCAAUUCAACGUAUUCAAGUACAGACGACGGGAGAGCAAGACCAGAGCCGGCGAGAGGAUCUGGCGAGCUUUCGACAACGAGACUUCAUCGUGCCUUUCCGACAACGAAGAUCUCGAUGAGAUGCGUGAUAUUUCCAAGGAGAAAGAGAAUGAAUUUUACGACCGUGCGGAUGUGGAUUGCCCGAAUAAUUCGAAACAGAAGGACAACGACAUCUGGGAAAAGUCUAGUUUGGAAAAUCAAGAGCGUGCUCGAGCGAACAACAGACGCGGGAAGUCCAGAAAGGACGUCAGUGGACGCAAGAGGCAGGAUUUCAGCCCGAGCAGAAUUAGUCAGACAAAAACAGACGAGGGAAUUUCGAGAGAUUCCUAUAACGAGCCGCCAGUAUCUACGAGAGAUAAGAAAACGAAGAGCGAAUCGAGAAACCGGUCGAAGAACACGAUCAAAGAUUCGGGCAUUUACGAGCCCCUCGUUUACGGAGAUUCGGCUGUUUCCAAACAUUUGGAUCAAGAUCGGAAUAACUUGCUUUCAGACUUAGAUCAUCAGCCGAUAAGUUCGAAAAAGAGCAAGAAGGGAAGCACCAAUGAGGACUGGAAGCGCUCGGCGAGGAACUUGGAGUUUGAUCGGAAGGAUCUCGCUGAGAAUCAGACGAUCGAGAAGGAUAUCAGACAGAAAGAUGAAGAGUCGUCACGUAGUUGCAGCAGUUUGGCGGGCGAAGAGCCAAUGAUGAAGGAUCAAUUAGCCGAUCUCGACGGAAGCUCUCAAAAGAUCCGAGAGUCCGAUGACGACGACGAAGACGAGGAGGACGAUAUUGCGCGACAAAGAAUGUCGCCGUUCUACGCCCGCGAGACUCCUGACAGCUCGAUAGAGAGCAACUCCAAUAACGAGGAGGAAGACGACGAAGAAGAGGGAGAACACAUGACGAAUGAGGAUAAUUCCAAGAAAGCAAAUCCCAACGAGUUUUCUGGGGAGAAGAUCGUCAUUAGAUCGCCGUCGCUGGGUCACAGAUCGGACGUGGUGACGAUAGCGCCCACGGACGCAAUCGAGGAUAACGCAUUAGACGUCCCGAGGGAGAUUGAGUCGACGACGGAGCCGCGACAAGGCAAGAUCCUGAACUUCGACGAGGAGCUCUUCGUCGAGUGCUGCUCAAGAUUGAAGGCCACUAGCGAGAACGAGCUGAGAGGCGCGAAGAAGAUUAAGCUCGAUCACACGGAGUCCUAUCACAGACGAGACGAACAACCGCAGGCAUUCAGAGCUAAUAGAGACCGAUGGAGAGAUGUGGAAAGCCAAAACAGCCUUGGUAGUCUUUUAGAGUCGGUCAAUCAAUUACUUGGCGAGGAGAUGUACAACAGUCACGAUAGAAGCUAUCGAACGCGCGGCAGCGAGCGAUCGAGCAGAUCAGCCAGCCCGGACGCGUCGCGCGUCGACAAUUUGGGCUACGAGGAUAGUUUGGACGUGGCUUUCGAACAUAACAACAAAUUGCGAGACAAGAUUCAGCAGCGCAUGCGAGAGAGUGAGAAUCUGAUAGCCAGCACGUUCGGCCAGAAGACCAACGACGACGAGCAGAAUCAUCCUGAUGAUGACAAGCGAGACAGCGUCGGAAAUUCGUAUUCCUCGAGUAUGCACGAGCACGAACAGCUGUCUGCCUCAAUCGCGUCGAAUAGGGAGCAGGAAUCUUCACCGGGACUCAAAAACAAAAUGAAUUCGACUCUAGGCGGUCUGCUAGACAAGGCGCUGUCCAACUUGUUGCACAGCAACGGCAAACACGAUCAUAAUGGUUCCGCCCCGAUGAAGCUGCUGGCAGAAUUGGCUUGUGCACGAGCUCCGACCUCCACGUUGCCGGAGGACACCGCCAGCAGCGGCAAGAAUCAUCAAUCGGUGAAGAUGGUCGCGGCUGCGGUUGCGGUGGCAGCCGCAGCCGCGGUGGCGGCGGCCGCCAAAGACACCCCGGCGGACUCGCCGAAGAGGCCGACAAAGGAUUCGACGGUGACGCCGAAGCACUCGUCGACGAAGAAGGCGAGGAAUCCCAUCAAAGAGUUGUUCGAGCGCAAGAAGGAAAUAAGCGACAGGAAAGAUCAGGAGCGCUCGAAGGCUGCGCUCGUGGAGUUGAACGCGCAGAAACAACGCAAGCCGAAGAAGAGUAGGAAACAGCAGCAGCAGGAGUUUCCGUUGAUUCGCAGAAGCGAGCACAGUGGUGGUCUAAUGGAAAAGAAGAAACGCCGCGACUCUCUCGACCGAAAAGCGGAAUCGGAACGUGUAAUGAUAAAGGACGUGUACGAGUUCGACGAGGAGGAGAGCCAAACGGCACCCACGCUCGGCAGCGUUUUGUCUUACAGGAGCCAGGUCGACAAGAAUUACGAGGCCGCCAAUUGGUCAAGGAUAAAAAACAGCGACGAGGAUCUAGACGUUGCUUUAGAAAAUGGGAAAAUGAAUUAUGUUGCGGACGCUAAAUUAGAAGAUGCCGUAAUCGACCGCAAGUUUCAGGAACUGGAGAAGUUUGCGCCGAAGACAAAGGGCGCGCUGAAGUCCUUCCAGAGCGAGGAGCAACAACAGCAGCAAAUAUCGAGCUCGAUCACCGGGCCGAUGGACGAAUUUGUGGAAAGGAAACAACAGCGCUUGAAACGACCGACAGAACAGAGCGCCAGGCAGUCCACCAAGCUGAAGAAACGAGGUAAAAGUCCGAAAAAACGGGCGAGAAACGCGUGGUAUGAAAACGACAGCUCGGACGAGUUCAGGACGGCCGCGAAGGCGGAGGACGUCGGCGUCGGUAUUUCAAAGAGUCAGCGCGCGUGCUCGAAGGGCAAGCAGAAUCUCUUCGCCGAGUUGUCGACGUCGUCUGAGAGCGAGUACGAACGAGACGACGUCGAUUACGAGAUCGCGAACGAACAGCGUCCGAAGAAAAAGGCGAAGAAAUCGCUUGAUGUUGGUAUCAAUGAGGCGGAUCAUGAUCAACGCAUAGCCGACAAAUCCGAAUUCGAGCAUGAGGACCAAGUUGCGGAUGAUUGGCAGGUUCAAUUGCAGGAAGACGCUAUGAAGAAGGACGAUGCCGCAAAAUCGGAAUCGGAAAUGUCGGACCAUUCGUUGGUGAUUGACGAGAGGAAGGCGACCGACGAGGUAAGAAACAGUGAUGACGACGCGGAGAAUCAAUACGAGAGAACGUUCGAGCUGGACGAUCUGUACAGGGAAGACAGUUCAGACACAGAAACAGAGAUGGAGGGGAAUGAAGAGACGACCGAGAAGCCGAAGAAUGGAAUCGAGAAACUGGAUAAAAGCGCGUCUUUGCAAGAAGAAACUACUCCUACGAUUGCGAAAGACGAUUACACGCCGGAAAACGAAUUAAUCCCCUUGGAAGAAGCGUUGGAUCUUUUGGAUCAACACGAAGAUCUCAAUUCAAAAUCUAAAAACGCACGGGCGGAAGUUGAAGAAAAUAAUAUUGUCAACGGCGCUACGGAAGCAGUGAAUGAAGUUUCUAACGAUGGGAUCGUUAAUGAAGAGAGUAAGCGUCUGAGCCCGGAAAUGCGAGAUGAGAAGGAGGAGCUGGACGACGAUAUUCCUGCCUUGCCCGAGAAGCUGUCCAGCAACGAGAAACCACAGAAGGAAUCCGACAACAAUCUGCCUCUUCACGUGUUCCUCAGCAGGAAAGUGCAGGAGUCGAAGAAAAGAAAACAACAGCAAUUAGACAAAUUACGAGAGGAGCAGGAGAGAAUACUUAUGGAUUUGCAGUCGACUAGAAGACAGAGGAAGUGCGCGAUAGGCAAGCAAGGGUUACUGGCGGAAAUAAGCAGCUCGGACGAGGAGUCGUACGUAAGAGAUAACAGCAGAAGAGGUGGCGAUUAUGACAAACCGCGCAAGAAGAGGGAGUCGAAGGAAAAGAAAAAGGAAAGGUACCUCGAGAAGAAGCACGAGCAAAUGAUCGCCAAGGAGCAGAAAGCAAUCGAGGAAGAAAUCCUACGAGAAGUUGGCAAGAGAAAAGAGAUGCAAUAUGUGGACGAUGUCGCGCUUAAUGCCGAUGUGGUGGAAACUAAAAUCGCUUCCGGGCCGACGAUGCAGAAAAAGAAACAUCAGACGAAAGAAAAGCAGAAGAAAUAUGACGACGAGAGUGCCGAGGAGAACGCGGAAAACAUCGAUCACUCUUUAUUCGACGUCUCAGAAGACAAUCACAAAUCAGAGCAAGAUUUUCCACUUACAGAGAACACUAUGGAGAACAAUAGCCAUCUGUUAAAUCCAUCGAAACGAAAAAAGCUCUCAAAAUCGCCGGCACGACCAAAGAAAGUUUCGAAACCCGAGAACGGAAAGAUACCAACGAGCAAGAAGAGCAAAGAACCAACCGCAGAAAGACUUAAAAAAUCAACCACGAGCAACAAGGACUCAAAAGAGCGCAGAUCAUCCAGCGGAAAGCGCGACUCCGACGAUGAGGAGUUGAAGACCACCAAGUCGUGGAACAAAGUCGAAGAAGGCGUCGGGGUCGCGAUCGGCCGGCGAAAACGCACCGCCGCCCUCCAGCUGUAUUAUUGGUCCAGUUCGAGCGACGAGGAGGAGGUGCCGGAACCAGCGCCGGCGCCCGAGGAAGAGGAAGACGACCGACAGGAACAGCACGGAUGGAUAGUGGGCGAUUCCCACAAGCGAAUGAUAACAAUGCUAGCCAUGGAGAAGCAAUUGAAGGAGAAGCGACGUAGGAGCGAAGAUGAAUUCGAGUCUGGCAAGUCGAAGAGUAAGAAACAUCGGAACAGUACCUCUUGAUACGUGUUUCACGAUUAAAUCUGAAACACGAUUGCGCACAAAUGACGAUUACGUCUCGUUUUUCCGGGAACAUAAAUUGUGGAGGCGAAGAUGCAAACCAAAAUGAUUUGUCUCUACUUUUCUCUUCGAUAAAGUUACGUUUUAUAUCUUUCGUGAUGAUUAUUCAUGACAGUUCGGCUAAAUAGAUAAUAGUGGACAAGUACGAUCUACGUGAGAAUGGCAAUCGCUUGCGGCGAUUUCUAUCUUCUGUUGUCUAUCAGAAGUUAUUUGUUGUGUUCGAUCUUCUUCUCUUUUUCUUCUUUUCUUUGACCGUGAUGAAUUGACCGUAAUGAGCGAAUAGAAGGCAAAAGUGUAAAGGUUUGAUUCAGGUGUAAAGAAGCGAAGAAAAAGAUGUAAAAUGUACAUAGUUGCUUGGCAUUAGAAUAAAGAUUAGAGAUUAAUAUUCUCUUGUCGCACUAAGAGUAUAAAUAUAUAUAUAUAUAAAUAUAUAUAUAUAUAUAUAUAUAUAAAAUUCGAGAUCUUAUAAAUACCACAAAUACGCGAUAUAGACUGAAUGUGAGAAGUAGCGAAGAGUGAAGAGGGCACCCUUAGACAAUACUAGGACAUUUGUAACAUUUAGUUGUACGUAGAAAAAUCUCCCAUAACGGAGGGAGAAAAAGGAUGAAUCAGUCACAGCCGCUUAUUUAGGAAAGGACAACGUAAACCCGGGUCCAAUCGAGUUUAGUGCUUCAGUCAGCUUUUCGUGAUCCGUACAACAUGUUUCUUCGUAUUCUUGCAUAUUCGUAUUCUUACAUAUCUCAGAAUGGAAUAAAAAAAUGCAAAAAUUUCAAGGACUAAACUAUGUCCGGAAAACUUAAAUACUUGUGACGAAUAAAACAAGCGAAUUUUUUUUUUGUUUUCGCACAUUGUUUUUACGAAUUUUAUAGAUCUCAAGCUUGAUCGUGACCAGCACGCGAGACUGCGCGUAUUCAAAAAGAAAUAAAUGCUUGUUAACGUUUAAAACAUUAUUGUUCUUUUUUCGUACUCGCCUUGUGCACAUAGGAGAUAAGUAUGUAGAUUUCAUAUACUACGAGAAAACGUAUAUAUAUAUAUAUAUAUAUAUAUAUAUAUAUGUUAUACGCAAAUGACAGAAAAUGAAAAUGAAAGAAACAAACGAUUAUAGACUUUAAUGUAAAUGUACUGCCAUAAUCAUAUAUUAUACGAAAGCCUAUGCAAAUUAGUAAUUAUGCAAAUUAUUAAUAUUAUACUUGUAAAGAUUUAAAAAAAUCUCUAGCACAAAAAACUAGACGACGAUCCGAUGUAAAUAGAGCAUAUUUUCAAUGUGUCUGGAAAAGUAUGUUUUGUAAUAUAAGGAUUGCAAAGAAAAUAAAAUUAUUCAACAAUACA